AUGAAAAUACUGGAGGGGGUUUUCUGUGGUCUGGCGUCAUCUCUGGACAUCACAGAGCGAGCCCGGGAUUACCUGCACAAGACCGGACGCUUCAUCGUCAUUGGUGGCAUCGUCUCGCCCGUGCACGACUCCUAUGGCAAAACGGGGCUAGUCUCUAGCCGGCACCGCUUGACCAUGUGCCAGCUGGCCGUGCAGUCCUCCGACUGGAUCAGGGUGGACCCCUGGGAGUGCUACCAGGACACCUGGCAGACCACCUGCAGUGUGCUGGAGCACCACCGUGACCUGAUGAAGAGAGUGACUGGCUGCAUCCUCUCCAAUGUCAACACACCCUCCAUCACCCCUGUGAUCGGCCAGCCCCAGAACGAGUCCCCGCAGAACAUCUACCAGAACAACAACAGCGUCUCCAGCAAGCCCACCGCGGCAAAAAUCUUGGGGAAGGUAGGAGAAAGCCUGAGCCGGAUUUGCUGUGUUCGUCCACCCAUGGAGCGCUUCACCUUUGUGGAUGAAAAUGCCAACCUGGGGACAGUGAUGAGAUAUGAGGAGAUCGAGCUUCGCAUCUUGCUGCUCUGUGGCAGUGACCUGCUGGAGUCCUUCUGCAUCCCUGGCCUCUGGAAUGAGGCAGAUAUGGAGGUGAUCGUUGGGGAGUUUGGGAUGGUGGUGGUGCCCCGGGACGGAGCAGACCCUGAGCGGAUCAUGAACCACUCCUCCAUACUCCGCAAGUACAAAAACAACAUCCUGGUGGUGAAGGACGACUCAAACCACCCCAUGUCAGUUGUCAGCUCCACCAAAAGCAGACUGGCCCUGCAGCACGGGGAUGGCCAUGUGGUGGAUUACCUCUGCCAGCCUGUCAUUGACUACAUCCUCAAGAGCCAGCUGUACAUCAACGCCUCUGGCUGAGUGCCAGAUCUGCAGGGAGACAGCCCUCAUGUCCCGCCUGCCUACAGCUCUGCAUCACUCUUUUCUCUCUCUCAGUCCGUGUCUCCAUCUCUCUCCCCAUCCCAUGGCCUCCUGCCCCUGUCUGCCUCUCACCCCCAGCACCAACACUCUGUUGUGCAGCCGUGUCCAGGGAAUGGUUUGGUCUCUUUUUCUGGGGUACUGCCCUGCCCUGCAUGCAUGGGGAGGGAGGAGGAGCUGGUCAGGGAGCGACAUGCUCUGUGUGCUCCCAGCAUGUCCCUGGGAAAUGGUCCCCUCAGUCCAUCUUCCCAGCAUGCUUAGAGCAGGGGCUGCCUACUCUGCAUCAUCUUACACAACUUAAGCUCAAUAAAUCUGUGUGGAUUUUUUUUUUUAAAUGAAGUAGCUUUAGUGUGAGCCCAUUGGGCCUCUCAACACCGUGACCAACCAAACCCUGAUUGGCAGCGGGCAGUUGUGACACAACCAGCUCGGUGCCCCACAGCAGGGGAGCCUCCUCAGGCCAGCCAUGAGAAAACUCAGCUAACAAAAUCCUCCUCUUGCCUCUGAAAGCCAUGGAGAGGGCAUUUCUAAAAGGGAGCAGAGACCUUGGUAAGCAUUCCUGCUGAAGAUCAUGGGGAGAAUGUCAUAUCUCAGCUUCCCUUAGCUGCAAGAACUGAAGCUACUCCCUAGGCAAGUGAAGUUGGGGUCAUGGUCUACUCUUACCCAGUGUCAGAGGGGGCAUCCCACAGCACCUAAAAAGGGAUCUGCCAUUUAUGGGGCCAAGAAUUUGGGUAGAAAGAAGCAGGUGGUGAGCCAAAGCCUCUGAUGAGAAUUUUCCCCAAACCUGGCCACGUCCAUCCCCAUCCUCUACUCUCCAUUUCUGCUCCAUCCAUCUUCUCCUGCCACUCCUACUCUCUCCCUUUCCUUGAAGAGUUCAUUAAAUGCAUGAUAACCUCCCCCUCCCAAACCAGCCAUGGCUACUUUGCACAUUCCUUGGGACAAGCCAGGUUCCUGCUCCUGCCUGUGAUAUGCCCCCUGAUGCUGGGGAUGGACCCUAGUGGAGAUGCUCACGGUAAAAGCAGGACAGGUAACGUGGAGCAGUUGUUGAAGUCUUGUGGAGAGGAGGGUUGCUGGAGCAGUGCCUUGUCCUGCUGAUCAUCCUUAGGGCACAAGCACCCUCAACAGAUCCUGGGGAAGGUCACAGCCAUGAGAUUUAGCCCUCACCUUCUCCUCUCCCUUUGCUUGCUGUAACCUUGUAUCACUUUGGGUAGAGUCCUUCUGCUUGUGGCUGAGCAUCCUCCAGGGUCUUUCAAGGAAAGAUGUGAC